AUGGAAGAGCUCAGUGUUGACAUUAUCGGGCCCUUGCCAUCUACAUCUCGGGGCCAGAAAUACUUGCUGGUAGUUAUUGACAAAUUUACGAAGUUCCCAGAGCUUUUCCCUCUAGGAGCAGCAACAAGUGCAAAAAUACUGGAGUGCAUGGUGCAAGUCUUCUGCCGCCAUUGCACACCUGUGGCCGUCACCAGUGAUAAUGGCAAGCUCUUUGUUAGCACACUAUGGCACAACCUCUUGAAACACUGGGGCAUCAAAGAUCGUCACACAUUGCCUUACCGGCCGGCUGGCCAAAUGGUGGAGCCUCACAAUGGCACAAUUAAGCAGUGUCUACGGGCAUACUGCUCCAACCACAAAGACUGGGACUGGCAUAUACCUGAGAUCGCCCUUGCCAUGCGUACUGCCGAGAGCGUGGUCACCGGAUAUACUCCAGCAUUGUUGUGUUACGGCCGCGAGUUGCGCACCCUAUGGGAACCUGCAAGCGACAAGGAGGACACGGAGCCUUCGAAAGCAGCACACCAUGCACUUGCUGCAGAACUCCAGCGGUGCCUUCGAGAGGCCCUCCAGUAUGCUCGGUCACAUCAGGCAGCUGCUUGGAAGGUGCAGAAAUCCUGUUACGACCGUCAUCGUCAGCCAACAACCAUCAAAGAGGGUGACCUUGUGCUCCUGGAUUCCCAUACCUUGAGUGAUGCGGCCAAGGGCGUUUCGGCGAAAUUGGCACCGCGGUGA